CGACAAUUAAGAAGACUCUACAUUGGCCGGACGCUGGUUUGCCGGCGAGCUAUUUGAGCCUCGUUCACGACGAUACCUCAGGUCUGGCAUGAGAACUUAUGUGAAGCAAUACGUGCGCACCUAUGACUCAUCUGCAGGCGGUACGGCAACUCGACGUAUUGCCUAUGGCAAGCACUCCACUUCUGCAUUCAGACACGCCACGGUCUGCGAUCUUGCUCAUCUCUUACGUCGAGGCUACCGAAUCAAAUUUCUUCGCAAAGACCUUCAUGCAUUGCACUGUCUCAACCUAUGGUCUCUCAACGUCUAUCGUCUCUGAUCUUGAUCCCAUCUUCACGUCCAGAGUCUGGCAGUCAUUGCUCCUCCAGUUUGAUCCACAAGUCAGAUCUCCGUUGUCCACAGCCUGGUAACCUCAGACUGAUGAGUGAAUAUGCCAACAUGACACUCGAACAGUUGUUGCGAUACUACUCAAAUCACGCCAAGACAAUCGGUGUUCCCAUCUUCCUUCAGCCAAAUUUGGUUCGCCGAUACUCACGGUCUGCUAUCUCCUACAUCCAUCACUUCGAGGCUAUCAGUGCAUUUGCCUUCGCAAAGACCUGCAUGGAUCGUAUUGUCUCGAUUUAUGGUCUCCCAACGUCUGUCGGCUGUGAUCGUGGCCCCGUCUUCACGUCCAGGGUCUGGCAGUCACUUCUCCCCCAGUUCGGUCCACAGAUCUCCAAUGUCCGCAGCCUGGCAGCCUCAGACUGAUGGUCAGACUGAACGUGCCAACGUUACACUCGAACAGCUUUUGCAAUGGCCCAAGUCAAUUGUCCUUUUUUCUCAAGCCGAAUUUUGCUGCAACGAUGCUCACUCGAUCACCGUCAAGUUGUUUCCCUUCUUGGCUGUACGCGGCUGGCACCCUUGCUUCACU